GGCACACAUGGAUCUGCUUUCGUAACACUUGAAGAGGUUACAUCAGUUUAUCAACGAGUCACAGUUUGUUCAAAUUAUCAAAGAUGCUUCGAAUACCACGGAACGGCCUGGUACGACUUGUAUCUCGAGAUAUAUACCACCAACAGAAGAGAUUUCAAGGAGCCAGACCUAAUUUUGGAGUGAUAUUUGUUCCCCAACAAGAGGCAUGGAUUGUAGAACGUUUUGGAAAAUUUUUCAAAACUAUGAAUCCGGGACUGAAUUUACUAAUUCCUAUCAUAGACACAAUCAAACAUGUUCAAAUUCUCAAGGAAAUGCCCAUAGAAGUUCCAAAACAGUCUGCAAUUACUGCAGAUAAUGUUGUAUUAAGUUUGGAUGGUGUAUUGUAUGUCAGAGUGAUGGACCCUUAUAAGGCAAGUUAUGGUGUGGAAGAUGUAGAAUUUGCUGUCACACAAUUGGCACAGACCACUAUGAGAUCAGAAAUUGGUAAAAUUUCCUUGGAUCAGAUUUUCAGAGAAAGAGAAUCACUGAAUGUGGCAAUUGUCGCUGCAAUAAACAAAGCUGCAGAGGACUGGGGUAUCAGAUGUCUACGUUAUGAAAUCAGAGAUAUUAAGCCACCUACUAAGAUCCAGGAAGCUAUGCAGAUGAUGGUGGAAGCAGAGAGAAAAAAGCGAGCAGCUAUUUUAGAGUCAGAAGGUGUGAAGCAGUCAGAAAUAAACAUAGCAGAGGGUAAAAAACAGGCAACAAUAUUAACCUCAGAAGCCUUCAAAAUAGAACAAAUCAACACUGCUGAAGGUGAGGCUGAGGCAUUGAAAGCUAAAGCUAACGCUAAGGCUGAGGCUAUACGAAUGGUGUCCACAGCCAUCAGUCAACAGAAUGGUAAAAAUGCAGUAUCCUACAACGUAGCAGAACAAUACGUGGCUGCCUUCAGUAAUCUGGCCAAAACCGGCAACACUGUCAUCCUUCCUGCUAAUACCGGGGAUGUCUCUAGCAUGGUAGCCCAGGCCAUGUCUAUCUACCAGAACUUGUCUACUGAAAGUCAAAGUGCACCAGAGCAGUCUACUGAAAAUCAAAGCGCACCAGAGCUGCCGAAACUUGAUUCUGUUGAGCCUGAAGUACAUACAGAUAUGUCUGACCAUGACAUUCAUGAUGAUAGCAAAUGAUGGAUCAGGAUAUGUUAAGGAUAAUAGUUACUAAGGAGAUUUGAUUGGCCCAUAUGAUUGGGGUAUCUGUUACUAUGGUGAGGGCCAUCUUCAGGAUAAUGUUGUCUUAUUCAGGAUAAUUCCUUUGUUUUCAGUGUGGAAAGAUUGUUUAAUUUAAAAAUUUUUUAAUCUGGAGAUCACUGAAAAUGAAAAAUCUUGAAAAGAAACUACAUUUAAUGAGUUCCUGCAUGCUAUGAUACUGACUAGUAGAAGCAUGACAUGUUACUUAAUGUUCAAGGUUAAUGAAAGAGUGUCUGGUGUAACAGAGGGUAAAAACAUUUGGAAAAUCUGUGUUUUUCUGUAGUGUUUGUAACAGCUGCCACUGCUUUCACAGUACUAUGAGAAUGGCAUCAUGCCACAUCUGUAACCUUGAGAAUCAACAUUACAAAAUUUACACUGGAAGUGUUGUGUACUGAAAUCUGUGACAGUCAGCAUUGUGAUAUUUCAAAUAAAUUAUAUUGCACAACCAA